AUGGUCAAGAUCCAGCCCUUCGAAGUCGAGCAGUGGAUGGACAGGCUGGAAACAACGCCGGGUGUUCUAAACCUUGCAGAGACUUGCGCCGCGUCGGUGUCACUUGACGACCUCAUUCGCAUGUGUGAGGAUAAGAAUUCACAGAAUCCACUCUGGCUGUCCGCAAAAUUGACCUACGGUGCCAUCCGAGGUUCCAAGACUCUCCGCCGCCGUGUCGCCGCUCUAUACGAUCGUGCCUCCGAUGCAGAGCCGUUAUCCAGCGAGAAUGUUCUUAUCUCGCAGGGAGCUAUCGCUGCUAACUUCCUGCUCCUGUAUACGCUCGUUGGCCCCGGAGACCAUGUGAUUUGCGUCUACCCAACCUAUCAGCAGUUGUAUGCUGUACCAGAGAGCCUUGGGGCCGAAGUUUCCCUGUGGAAGCUGAAGGAAGAGAAUGCCUACAUCCCUGAUGUGACCGAGCUUGAGGGGCUAGUGAAGCGUAACACCAAGAUGAUCGUCAUAAACAACCCCAACAACCCAACCGGCAGUACUAUCCCGCCGUCCGUUCUUCUUCAAAUCGUCUCCUUCGCCCAACAGCGCGACAUCAUCAUUUUUUCGGAUGAAGUUUACAGCCCACUCUACCACUCCCUUCCGUCGGCUCAACCAGCGCCCCCUUCGAUCCUCUCACUAGGUUAUGCCAGAAGUGUAUCCACGGGCUCCAUGUCGAAGGCUUUCUCCUUGGCAGGAAUCCGCAUAGGUUGGAUUGCGUCCCGUGAUCGAACCAUUAUCGAGGCUGUUGCUGCUGCCCGAGAUUACACUACUAUUAGUGUGUCACAGCUCGACGACCAAGUCGCCAGUUUCGCUCUGUCGGAGUCUGUCGUGGGACCGCUGCUAAAGCGGAAUCUGGGGCUGGCCCACCAAAACUUGGGUCUUUUAGAAGCUUUCAUUCUGCGGUAUAAAGAUCACUGCGAAUGGGUAAAGCCAACCGCUGGGACUACCGCUCUGGUGAGGUUCAAGCACCGGGACGGGACCCCAGUUGACGACCCAAGUUUUGUAUUGGAUUUAUUGGAUAAGACUAAGGUUCUGGUUAUGCCGGCAUGCCCAUGCUUUGGAUUGGGAAAAGAUUUCGUAGGCUAUGUGAGAUUCGGGUACGUGUGCGAGACGGAAAUUUUGAUCGAGGGGUUGAGGAGGCUAGGGAAGUACAUCGAGGAACACCUUCAGUGA